GUACAAUACUCAUCAUGUAACAGUUAUCCAUAGCCAUGAAUACAUUAAUUCCAGUUCACACAGUAAAGAUAGUCUAGGUCAGAAAUUCAAGUGCAAAUUAAGUGCUGGAUGAAGAUACAAGCGUAACAUGAAAUUGCUACAGGAACAAAUUAGAUAUACAAGUGAUAGCCUACCGAGUGGUUCAGUGGUUCAUAGGGGAAGGAGGAGUUAAUUCCACCACUAGGGAGCUAGGGUGGAGAAGCUCUGUGGUUGGGAUGGAGUAAUGUGACAGAUAGAAGAGAACUCUUCUUUAUUUUGACGGAGUUUAAAAACAAAAAAAAUAUAGGUCUGUUGGAAAGUCUUGUGGCACGGUCUGCAGUGCAGCCAACUCUCAAGCCAUGUUUGAUUACCCCUCUGCAUGGGUGAGGGUUUGUUCCCUGCCGUGGCACUUUCUCAGCUGUGGUCCCUUCUCUGGACCCUAUCUUGGUGACAACACCAGCGCAAAUGCACCUGGGUGCAAGUGGAACUGCUAGUGUCAUCUUGCGCAAAUAGAAUACAUUUCACAUGCACCAGAUUUGGUAGUUCUGUGGUCUGUAGUAAACCUUUUCAAUUUCAACCGAUCAACAUUAGUUGGAUGGCACAAUUGGGGUGCAUCGAUAGAAGCAUUUGCCGCUGUGCAAGUUUGGUGUUGAAUAAUGCGAUCGCAUUUUAACCAACCCUGAUCAAGUUUUAUCUCAAAUUUGGCGCAUUGUGCUAUUUUGGUGUCAUUGUGAAUGUGUCGCACAUAUGAAUGCAUGCAACACAUAACACAGAUGUGAGAAAUGUUUAUCUUAAUUUAACUACUGGAAGGCUAUUUAGUCAAUGCAUCUGUAAGCUACUUGAAUGAGAGACACAAGGAAGGCGGGAGACCGGCUCUACAUCCAUCAAAAACUGUUUAAGGCAUGCAUUUGUCAAAAUCAUGGCUAUUUACUCUGUACAUUGAGCCCAGAAAACACCAGCAGCUUGCUUUUAUUCUUGUGUUUGGCAGGGCUAGGUCGAGGAUUGUAUGAACUUUUGAAAUGUUAAAAAUGUAUUUCAGGUGUUUGGACGGGUUGGGUGGUACAUUGUAGUACAGCCAUACAGUUAGUGCGUGAUGUAGGCCUAAUCAUAUGCCGUGGAUGUGACAUAGGCUAGACCUCACAGUGGACACAUUAUAGGACUUUCAUAUGGAAAGAAGCAGAGUUGCAAUGAAAAUGAUUGCAAUGAAAAUGACAAAGGCACAGGGUGCACAAGAGAGCAGGGACUGGUCGACUGUGAGCCAUUUCCCUAGUGAGUGUACGUUCAUCCUAUCAAGUGCAUGUCUGAAAUGAAUGAAACUUUGUUGAAGUGGUGAAAUUGGUUUUUUAGAUAGUGAUAUUGAACAUUGGCAGCAAAGAAACAAAAAGCUAUAGAAAAUUCUGACUAAAUUUCCUCUGGUUCGCAAGCACGAUGACUGUUAAAGCAGAGGGGGCAGAUGCAUGAUGGAGAGGCCGUGGGUAAAACUUCAGUCUCGCCUUCCUUUUGAUAUCACGAGUAAUGGUGCAUAGAGAUGCUUGUAAAAGAGAAUCUCUUAAUGUGCUUGCUCUUCGGCCAUGAUGAAAUUAUCUUUUUAUUGUAAAUAAAGCAAAAAUAAACUGUCCUGUUCUCCUUUAAAAAAUGAUAACACAUUGCUGCCUGGUAGUAGGCAAUAUAUAAAGAGCAAAGGAAUAUAUUCUACAUUUAUGGUGACUGAGAGCUGUGGGUGCAGUUCUGCUUCAAUAGACAAGACCCAGGUGUCUCGGAAGAAUCAUUGCCUGUGUUAGUAUUUGUCAGAAAUGGCACGCUGUUCUUGUAAUGCAGACCUUAAUUUGUUUGGCUGAAAUGGUACAUUUUGCAAAUAUGCAAAUAAGAAUGAGUUUCAAUCUGUUUUCAAUCUAUGCUAAGCAUUAAUGACAAGGACAGACAUGUUGGUUCCCAAACUUCGUCCUGGAGACCUGCUGGUUUUCAUUUCAGUUUUCAUUUCUAAUUGUUCUUAAUUGCACUGUAAAUGCCAAUUGGCCAUAUUAAAGCCAUAUAUCAGAAAUAGCAAUAUGAAGAAUUAAUGUACCAUAUUCACAUUCCAGGACAUUUAAUCAGUCAGAUAAACUAAUGCUUCCAUUCUCUGUAAUGAGCCAUAUAAAAUAUGAUUCCUGAAAGAGGCUGCAUUUUUAAUUGAAUGUAAUUAUGGACUGGCAGGUGAAAUCAGUUAGGCCCUAACUGUUGAAGGAGUGGAUGCCUGGUCACUGAAACUGAAAGUUCAAAUUUGAAGCAAAUGACAGCAAGACACACCUGCAUUGUGUUACAUUUAUGGGAGAAUUAUAAUAGAACUUAAACGCAUUAACCCCAAAAACUGUUUUAAGUGAAAGAUAAUAGUGAGGAACAUUGCCCAUUAUGUUGACCUCUGGACUGACACACAAAUUCUUUGAUAUCUUCACCAUGGGCAGGCUGUGAGGAUUCCAUCAAACAUCGUCUUUGAAUCAGCAACCAAAUAGAAAAACAUGGUUUGUCACCAGUACACUAGUCUAGUUUAAACGCAGAGUAUGUUGUAACUGGGUAAUAAACUUUAAUGUCAUGAAAAGAUUGUAGAGGAGUACAAAAAAAUGUACACAAUAUUUUCACUUCUCUUUAAAUAAAAACUACUGGAUGGAUUUUGAAAUUUUGGGGAUUUAACUACGUUUAGCCUACUCAUCAGCACCGGUGGCGGAACAGCUGAGAAACUGGAGCUGUUUGGCCAAAUGAAUGCAAGUGCAUUUCAAACAAUUAUCUAGGCAAGGUCUUCAUCAACUUUAAUUGACCAAGAGAUUGGUAGUACUAAAAACUAGAAUACACAGUGGUUUAACUGGACCAAGUCAACAGUAGCUUUACUGAACAUGUCUGUGUGAUAUUGAAAUAGUUCAUUAAGUAAAACCAAGGCCGGUGGAAAGCUGACAUUAAAGGUGCUGGGUUAUUCAGUAAAGGGACAUGAACUGUGUUCAUGUUUGCAUAUUAAAUAAAGUUAAUUAUAUUUAUAGUCAUUUUGGCCAGGACUGAGAUAUAAUUCAUAGUUUUUAGUCCAUUUUUCACUUUGCUGUCCACCACCUAAACUGUGUCAUCAUUGUAUCGGAGAACAAUGGUGCAGAGUGAAAGCCUCCAUUCCUGAGUGAAGCCUGUGUGAUUGCCAGCCAAUCAGGAUCCAAUACCAGUCUAUGGGAUGCAUCACUGAACCUAGAAUUAGAUGCAGAGGGAAGACAUGUCAUGCUUAGUUUGACAGGUGCAAACCACAUUGUGUGGAAGGAUUUACUGGCUGUUAAAAUUCGUUCUUUAUAACAGCAAGCAUGGUCGGAGAUGCUUUGUAAUGCCUUGAAAUAAUUCCAAUUGUAAAAUUAUCCCUAGCCAUGAGGUGCACGUAUCAAAUUUAAUUAUUAAAAUGUGCAUCUUGCAAUUGCGUUACACCUUUUUUUCCCUGUCUUUCUGACGUGUUGUGAGACCUGUGGAAACAUUCUAUAAUGGGUCCAACUCUGAGCACUGCAUGGCUCAUGUUGGAUGAGACAACUCAUCCCCACUGCCCCAUUUCACUUUUGCACAAAAACAGCUCUCUGCUAUUUCUCUGAAGUCACACAGGCAGAGGAGGGAAGCAGCUGAUUGGCUGGGGGAUGUAUUGCAGGUCUGUGCUUGUUCUAUAAUCAGAUCAGGCUGAAAAAGCACAUGGUUGCUGUUUCCGUUUGCUCAGUCUUGCUGCGCUUUUAUAUGUGUGUGUGAGAGAGAGGGGGGGAGAGAGCGAGGUGAGAAGAGGAAGGUCGAGAGAGAGAGAGAGAGAGAGAGAGAGUUGGGGAGGAGAGAGAAAGCCCUUGGGCUAAUAGAUCAUCGUCUUGAGAUGAUCAGAUAAUCGCCCAACUGUGCCUUUUUCUUGAAAAAUAACGAUUAUUUGACGUUACGCAACCUUAGGUACAACCUGUAUUUCAUGAAGGUCAAUAGCAAAGUAGUCCUGAUAUCUUUAUUGCAAACAACCCAAGAUAAUCUUGCAAAAAACAGCUACUCGUUUGUGUAAUCCUGAAAAGGUAAUUACCAUGGGGCAAAGGUAGUGUGAAAGGUAGGGCCAGACCUCUGUUAAUGGAACCAUGAGUUGAAGAUGGCUUUUUGGGUCAGAAUCUGAGAGUAACAUUUUAGGAAGCUGGCAGAAGGAAAGGCUGAGAAUGUGUGGGUGCAGUCAUGCCCCGUGCAUGGUACGGUGUAUGGACCACUAUCAAAGUGCUCUUCUCACUUGUUAUUGUGGAAGAGGUGUCAUCUCAUCUCUGAAAGGAAAAUUCUGUUCACUUUGCUUCUUGCCAAGUCUUUGUUCUGCUCAAGGAUUGUGCUGUUGCUGUUGUGUGUUUUUUACUCCACAAAAACCCAAAAGUUCUAGAUUGGUCUCACUUCAGCUUUCUUUGGUGAGUUGCAUUUGUAUUAGUCAUUCUUUCAUAGCCUGUUUAUGAAACAUUAUACUUGCGAACCUUUUGACAAAGUACGGGGAUUUUGUGGUUUGAGAAACAUGGGCUAGAUGAAAUAAGCACUACAAAAUGUUGUUUUUCUCUUUUGCACUUAGGUUUUACUCGACUAAUGGUAAAUUCAGAACUUUAUCUCAUUGGCUGUCUGUGACACUAUGUAGUUUAUUGAAGCCCACAAACCAGGAUGUGAAUUUUAUUUUUGAAAGGUUUAGGUGGUGUACAUUUUCUUUUAGAUGCAUUUUCAAUGAUUACAUUCAAUGUAAAAUACAGCACACAGUAUGACAGACUGCUUGAUUACUGCUGCAAAUCUGAGUGUUUGCAGUGUGCUUGUCCCGUACAUCUUAUUCGCUAUGACUUGCCCUUAGAGAACUUGUGCUAUUAUAAUUCCUACCACGGACUUUAGGUCUUUAAAGCUUUUAUGGUGUAACUGCAGGUGUAUUUGACCCUCGUGUUCCACUCAGAUGCAGCUUUGCUGUAAUUCCCUUAAUGCCUCUGCUUUAAAAUCAGUUGGAUGAACUGUUCAUUGCCUGAAUUUAAUUUUUCUUGUGGAUAAAUCAAUUUUCUUUUGUGAAAAGUGAUGGAUGUGAAAGCCAGCUUGUUGUCUUUUCCAGAAAAUGUGCUGAUGUGGCUGGUUUGCCAUUAUUCAGACCUGAUCUGCACCCCAGUUCUUGGUCCUGCCAGUAGAAGAUAGCUUUGAGUUUAGUUCUCUAAAUUCACAUCUGUGAUCUGCUCACAUUCUCUUUGCAUUCUUUCAGAGUGCAGUGGAUAAAUGUUGUCUGUUUACAGCUCUGUAAAUAGGAAAUGGCUGAUGCCAGUCAAAUUACAAACUCCAUAUGGGAGCAGUGAAAUUGCAAAUCUUCCUUGUCUCUUAUCGAUUUAUGACAGCAAGGCAGUGGCAUUAAACAUUAGUGGAUACAAGAAUUAUGCAAAGGUGUGUAUAGGAACUGUAUGUAACAUCAGAUAUAUUUUUAUUUGCAAAGCUGCAUUAUGUUAAAAUGAAAUAAUGCCGCAGAUAUUGCUGGCAGACGUGAUAAACUGGUAUCUGGCUUUGUGUUCAGCUGCGCAUCAGUAAUGCACAGGGUCUCGUUUGUGAUUACUGCUUCUUUACAAUACAAAUUUCGCUGUACAUGCCGUAAUGUGUACAUGCAAAUGCCCAUGCUGCAGGUACAGUGUGUAUAAAUAUUGCAUGUUAGGUACUGGUGCUGCUGUCAACAGAAGAAUAAAGGUGCUGGGCCUGGUGGUUCUCUUGGGUUCGCUGGUGUUUAUAAAUAGGGGUUACUAUAUUCUCUCUUAUCUCUACACCACACCUUUUAAAAUGUUUCUAGGGCUGUUGUUUUGUACAUUAUCUGCCAGUGCACUGCAGAGCACAAAAAAAAAAUCUGUACCCAAACCACAGUGAAUCACAUCAAUCACAAGAGGGGCAGCUAAGUUGAAGGACAGGGAAAAAUAGGAAAGUGACAAUGACAUAAUAUACACCUGAAGUAUGGAAUGACUCAACAGGGACUCGGUGCCUGUCAAAUCAAACUAUGUUGAAAGGAUGGCUCACCUGGAAAGAUGAAGAUGAAAUAUAUGCAGCAGGAUUUGGUUUUGCCUCCAUUUGUUUUUAAUAUUACACAAUUUUAGUCUUUUCUCAAGAAAGACUGUUCCUGUACUUUUCAAUGUAAAUGAUUUAUCGUAUACAAUAUGGAGAAGCAUUAUCACUCUAGGCCAAAGCAGGAGCUCUGUUAUGUAACGCCUGUGAUGCAUAAACUCUUAUAAUAAAUGUGUAUAUGUGUUCAUAAUCGAAUACAUGUUUUUAGGAGUGAGUGAUAUACUGCGUGAUGUGCCUAGCCUAUUGUCAUAUCGGGUAAAGAACUUUGUAAAGAUUAUAGCCUACAAGAGAUUUUUAAUCACAGGGGAGACUCUGCAUUCUGUGUUACUUCCUGGUUCUGCAUUAGGAAUUCUGGUUAUUGUUUUAAAAGCUUUGCAUCCUUACCUUAUGAACCAGAUAGCUCUUGUUUUUCUGUUAUGUGCAAGGUGCUCUAGAUCAGAAAUCCCUUUUCUACAUUCUUUCUAUGGAAUAGCAGGAUCAGGCAAAGCAGCUAUUACACUUUUAAUACUUGAAACAGAAGGUAAAUAAACUUGUGUUGGUUGGGUUGUUUACCUCUAGAGUAACUCAAAGAGAUCCACUUAAUGGUCAUUACAGCCUGGCCAAGCACUUUACAAUUUAGGAUAAAAUAAUUCUGAACUAUCAAGUUUACAGUUGUUAGUUUAGAAUUAUUUUAAAAUGGUACACCGAUGCUGCCCUGUAUUUACAUACAGAAGCACAGUUGGCUCACAAGUCAGACCAUCAUCCACUCUGAUUGGGUCAGUAGGGCUUGUUCUUCACCAGUGGCCAUCCAAGGUUCUGUUCUGCAUGAGUGAAGGAGAAAACACUCAGGGCUACAUUUAGUCAAGUCCAGCUAUUAUGGAAUAUGAACUGACCAAGCUUUCACAGUGCUGACAGUGUAGUCUGCCAUAUUUAUAGUGGCUUUAAGUGACGAGGAGUUAAACAGUGAGAGAGAGAGUUUUCAUUAUAAAUUAGGCCUACUCAGUGUUUGGUGUAUUUUCUGCUCCAGUCUUUGAUUCUUUUGUACUACCCUGUGCCUCUAUGUGCAGUUGCCUGUGGUUCAAAUUUCAACAUCAAUGUGGUGUAACACUUGCUAGAGUGUUUCCUGCUAAUGUGUUUUCAAAUUCAUCAGCAGAUCUGAAAGGGAAAAAAGAGACAAACUUUUAUUGCCAGAUGAUUUCCUGACGCCCGCUUGAAGUCUAAUUAAUUCUGAAAUGCUAUAAAUCCUUCACGUGUUCGCUGCUGUGGUUGACGCUAGAGAGGCAUGGAUCCAGUAAGAGCGCAUUGUGAUACUUGAGUGAUACCGGUGGAUUCUUCGCCACUGGCUCGUCAGGCCGUGGCGGCCUGUCCCUGUCUGUGAGAGAGGCGUGUGCGCCGUCAGCGGCGUGUGAAAGAGACACGUGGGGGAAGUGGCUAGCCCGCCCGCCCGCCUGGCGGGAGCAGAGCGUGAGCGUGUCUCUCCUCCCAGCAGGCUUGAGCGGCGGCGCGCCAUGGAGAGCGGCUGCUCCGACAUGGCGAAGGACGACGAGGAGGCGCUGUGGGAGAACGUGGAGAGCAACCGCAACAUCCUCAGCCGCUACAUCAACCCCAACAAGCUGACCCCGUACCUGCGGCAGUGCAAGGUCAUCGACGAGCAGGACGAGGACGAGGUGCUCAACUCGCACAUGCUGAUCUCCAAGGUCAACCGGGCAGGCCGGUUGCUGGACAUACUGCACACUAAAGGCCAGCGGGGCUAUGUGGUGUUUCUGGAGAGCCUGGAGUUUUACUACCCUGAUCUCUACAAGCUGAUGACGGGAAAGGAACCCACACGCAGAUUCUCCACUAUUGUUGUGGAGGAGGGCCAUGAGGGCUUGACCCAGUUCCUGAUGAACGAGGUCAUCAAGCUGCAGCAGCAGGCCAAAGACAAGGAUGUGCAGCGCGUUGCCAUCAUGGGCAAACACCGCACGCUGGAGGACGAACACAAGAAGCUGCGCCUGUCAAACCAGGAGCUGCUGGCCUUUCAAGAGCGCUACAACAAGAUGAAGGAGGAACGGAACAACUGUAACGAUGAGCUCAUCAAGGUGAAGGAUGACAACUACAACCUGGCCAUGCGCUAUGCCCAGCUGAGCGAGGAGAAGAACAUGGCCGUCAUGCGGAGCCGUGACCUGCAGCUGGAGAUAGACCAGUUAAAGCACAAGCUCAACAAGGUGGAGGAAGAGUGCAAGAUGGAGAGGAAGCAGUCACUGAAGCUGAAGACCGACAUUGAAAAUCGUCCCCGAAGAGAGCAGAUCUUUGAGCUGGAGCGGGAGAACGAGGUCCUGAAGAUUAAAGUACAGGAGCUACAGUCCAUCAUACAGCCAGGGAAGCAGGUUCUGCCGGACUCUGAGAAGGCCAUCCUGGACAUCCUGGAGCAUGACAGGCAGGAGGCUCUGGAGGACCGGCAGGAGCUGGUGAACAGGCUGUACAACCUGCACGAGGACGUGCGGCAGGCGGAGGAGCUGAGGGACAAGUACCUGGAGGAGAAAGAAGAUCUGGAGCUGAAGUGCUCCACUCUGGUGAAGGACUGUGAAAUGUACAAGAACCGCAUGAACACCAUAAUGAUCCAGCUUGACGAAGUUGAACGAGAGAGAGAUCAGGCGUUUCGUUCUCGGGACGAGGCUCAGAACCAGUUCUCCCAAUGCCUGGUUGAUAAGGACAAGUACCGCAAGCAGAUCCGCGAGCUGGAGGAGCGCAGCGAUGAGCUGCACAUCGAGAUUGUGCGCAAAGAGGCCAAGAUCGUCAACCUGGAGUCCAAGCUGAGACGCCUGUCCAAGGACAAUGGCCUGGAUCAGAGUUUAACCCGAGACAUUCCAUCUAUAUCGCAAACCUUUGGCAACCCUAAAAGAGACGGUCAGUUUGAAGACUCUGGUGAUGAGUCUCCAGAUGACAACAAAUUCUUCCUCCCGGAACAUCGGCUCAGACGGAGGCCAAACCUCAAAGGAGUCGUGAUCUCCAGAGCAAAGUCUCCAGUCACCACUCCUAAAUCCAUAGAUUUUUCAGCCCCAUUUCCACCUGCAGCAUCAGUCGUGAACACCAAUGGGGAGCUUUCAGAUGCCCCUAGCACAGAUACCAACUCUAUAACUACCAGUUCCUCCAACACUGCAGCCGCUGGAGAAAUACUCAACAAGCAUCUCCUGCGAUUUCGCAAUGACAGUAUAAUGUCCACCGUCCCUGAACCACCAGGAAAUGACUCUAUUGUCAGGAGGAACAAGGAGGGGGAACACGACACUCUACCUAGAAGCCUAUGUGACUUUGAUUGUGACAGUGGUGACAACAUGGAACUUUGUGAUGAAGACUCUGACAGAUUUUUCCAUGGACCUCCUUCAAUCCACUCCUCGUCAUCCUCCCAUCAGUCAGAGGGCUUAGAGUUGGACUUGGAACAAGUCAACAACAUCUUCAGAAAGUUCUCCCUGGACAGACCGUUCCGGCCUUCCCUCAACUCCUUCACGAGCGUCAGCAGCACGCUGCGCCUGCUGCAGGACAUCUCCCUCCCGGGGGACUCCUUCUUGUCUGAGGUCAGCCUGGUGGGGGGCAAUGCCAGCGGCAUCUUCAUCUCCUCCAUCCAGCCGGGGUCCAACGCCGACAGGGCGGGCCUGAGAGAGGGACACCACCUCCUACUGCUGGAAGGCUGUGUUCAUGGGGAGAACCAGAGCGUCCCUCUGGAUACUUGCACUAAGGAGGAAGCAAACUGGACUCUGCAGAGAUGCAGUGGACUGAUCAAGCUGCACUUCAGAGCAAACUAUGACGGUUAUAGGAAGUUACAGAAGGAGAUGGAGGAGGGCACCUUGGUGUCUGGGGAUUCUUUCUAUAUCCGCCUGAACCUCAACUUGUCGGGCCAGUGGGACAGCUGCUCGAUGAAUGCGCACUGUGACGAGAUUGUCCACGUCCUGGACACCAUGCACCAAGGGAGGAGUGAGUGGCUGUGUGCGCGAGUUGACCACUUUAUUGACAAAGACCUGGAAAAGGGCACAAUCCCCAGCUUCUCCAGGGCUCAGCAGCUGCUCCUGGUGAAGAUGCAGAGGCUGAUGUGCAGGGGGAGCCGGGAGGAGGCAGACAGCCUGCGCGGACUCAAGAAUAUGCUACAGCCUGAGGAAUCUCCUCCUCCUCCGGACCCCAAAUCCAGCCCUAGAUUGUCGCGUGCAAGCUUCUUCAUUGGCCAGAUCUUACAGUUUGUCAGCAGGACUGAGAACAAGUACAAGCGGAUGAACAGCAACGAGAAGGUCCGGGUCGUCAGCGGGGGGAAUGCUACACUCACAAGGCCUGGGUUCGAAAACUCAGAUGCGGAGAAUGAUCUGAGCAAGAGCUUGAACCUGAUUCCGUAUUCUCCAGUGAGCCCGCACCGCUCUCAGCGCAAGAGGCCUGUCCUCUUUGCCCCCAAUAUUCUGGCCAAAACCAUUGUGCAGAAGUUCCUCAAUUCAGGAGGGGCCAUGGAGUUCAACAUAUGCAAGCCAGACAUUUUAUCAAAGGAGGAGUUUCUGAUGAAACAGAAGAUUGAGCCCAUUAUUUAUUCCAAAGAGAAGCAUGGCUGUACCUAUGAGUGCAUCACUCCUGAAAAUAUUGAGGCUGUCGCUGCCAAGAACAAACACUGCCUGUUGGAAGUUGGCCUCAGCUGCACCAAAGACUUGCUAAGAAGAGAAAUAUAUCCCAUUAUCAUCUUCAUCAAGGUCUGCGAAAAGAACAUAAAGAAAUUAAGGAGGCUGCAGUUGAAGGUGGAUUCAGAAGACGAUUUCGUAAAGACAUGCCGUUUGAAGGAGAAAGAGUUGGAUGCUCUGCCUUGUCUUUACACUUCUGUGGAACCAGAUUCAUGGAGUGGAGUGGAGGACCUGCUGAAGGUCAUCAAGGACAAAGUCCUUGAGGAGCAGAAGAAGACAGUUUGGGUUGAGCAGGACCUCCUGUAGGACAUUUUGGGAUUGUUGCCAUGGUGGUAUCCUACUGAUAAAAUAAAGCAGUCAUAUAAUGAAUGAAAUCCAGCUUGUCACUGCGUACAGCAUUGCCAUCUGUAAUGGAGUACAAGCAGUGAACAGAAGUGACAUAUGCAUGUUGUUCUUCAAGAUAUGUGCAGUCAGUGAACGCUAUGGGAAAAGAUUUCUUUGUCCGGAGAGCAGACCCAAUUGUAUACAGAAAGCCUCAGAUGAAUAAUGGAGCAGCUAAGGAACAGUGCCGCGUCUUGUGCCUGCGGUGUGUAUCCACUGUGCCUUCUUGCAGCAGCAAUUACAGUAAAAUAUAAAUCUGCCCACUCUGCUGUAUCUGUAAGGGCCAGUAAGACACAGGUCAGUACACUUGAUGUGAUUUCUAUGGUCUAGCACUGAAACUGUUUUGUCAUGGCCAUUUUCAUAAUUUCAGCUGAAGGAUGUGCAUGUCAGCAAUAUAUUGUGAACACAUUAAUGCCACCUAAUAUGAAGGUAAAAUUGGAAAGAACAUGCAUGGAGCUCCAGUAUUGUAAUGAAACAAUCAACAAAAAAAAACUAGGUAAAUAUAGCCUGAAGCUCCCAUUAAUUACUAACAUUAUUUUUGCAUUUUAUGUCUUCUCACUGAAUAAUUAUGAUGUGUUCACCUUGCAUUUUUCUUUCACAGUUGUAUUAUUUACUGCUAUUUAUUUUGUAGUGAUAUGGUUUUCCUCACUCAUGCCAACAUUAUAUACUGCACAAAUGUACAUAUCUAAGGAACAGCUACCUUUCUACUAAAAUAGUAACACUUGUGAAAAUUAUUCAAAACAUAAUUCACAAAGGUAGAAAAACAUUUUCAUUGUAGACAUAAAAACCUUUCAAUUCAACAAAAUUAAAUGUAAGAAUUUAAUUAACAGCUAUUUUUAUACUAACUUCUUACUUUUAUGCAUUAAUGCAUGGCACUACUUUUUUCAUCUGUUGAAUAUUUACAAUAUGCUGUCUGAGGAUUUUAUUUUCUGUUGAGUUGUAAUGUCAGUGAGAAUGUAAUUUUCAUAAUGUGUAUACUUUUGAAAACCCAGCAAACUGAAAUGUAAAUCAGGAAUUGAGGAAUAUUCUUGCAACAAAAAAAUGUGGGUCUAGUCUGGUAAUAAAAAGAAAACAAAAACAGAGGGCCAAAGCCUUUAUUAAAAUUGUUAUAAAACAUGACUGCAGUACAUGGACACUGCAGAGGGCAACAUCAGAAUUGACAUGGGAUCACAAGAUAAUCAUUUGUAUUUAGAAUACAAGCAUCUUUUAUUAAAGGGGUAUGGUGUGGGCUGUGGUAUGGUAUUUGGGCCACUUUGCUGUGACAGACCUGAUUCUAAGCAUGAUAUUAGUAAAUAUUAGGUUGUUGUUUUUAGCAGAAGAGUAAAAAAAAACAUUUUUAGAGAUGUUACAUCUCAUCUGAAACAGCGCUGCUCAUAUAGACAGUGGCAAAAACCAUUUCAUUGGUCUGUACCAUGAAUAAAAGCAUGUGUCAUUUAAUAAUAUUAUCACUGUAAAGGUCUAAAUUUGACAAUGAGAAGAUGUACUUCACUUGAUUGUGCGUUGCUUACUUGGAGGACUGUAAUAAAUGUGUGACUGUAAUAAAUCUCAUAAUCAAUGAAGAAAAGAGUUCAAG